UUUAACAGAGGAAGUUCUGCAAAACCUCUGGACCGGUUUCUGAUACCCAUAAAGGAAAUCUCUGUCUGCCUCUCUUUCUUUCGAAACCCAGAUGAAUCUGUCUUAGAUUCUUCUCUCAUCAGAAAAGUUAAGCUACAGAUCUAUCCUUCUCUUUCUACAAUUCCCAGGAGAGUGGGAGACAAGAAGAAGCAGAGAACAUGUCGACGCCAGCGAAGAAGAGGCUGAUGAGGGAUUUCAAGAGGCUUCAGCAGGAUCCUCCGGCGGGGAUCAGUGGGGCUCCCCAAGACAACAAUAUUAUGUUAUGGAACGCUGUCAUUUUUGGGCCAGAUGAUACUCCUUGGGACGGAGGUACGUUUAAGCUGACUCUGCAAUUUACAGAAGAUUACCCUAAUAAGCCUCCGACAGUCCGCUUCGUCUCACGAAUGUUUCAUCCUAAUAUUUAUGCUGAUGGAAGUAUUUGCUUGGAUAUUUUGCAAAAUCAGUGGAGUCCUAUAUAUGAUGUCGCUGCCAUACUCACUUCCAUCCAGUCCCUGCUUUGUGAUCCUAAUCCAAACUCUCCCGCAAAUUCUGAAGCAGCUCGAAUGUUCAGUGAGAAUAAGCGGGAAUACAACAGAAGAGUGCGUGAAAUAGUGGAGCAGAGCUGGACAGCUGACUGAGGACGUAUUUUAGUGCUCCGACAGCCCCUUACAUAGGGGCAAAAAAGAAGUGCUGGUGAUGGGCUCUUUUCGGGGACCUCCCGUUAGAUGUUGAUGUACCUUAUUUUGCUUUCACAUGCAUGGCUUGUAGAAAAUUUGUCUGCAAAACUUCAUUUCUGCCUCCUAGACAGCUAAGCUAAAACUUAUUUUUCAAUUAUGAGUAUGCUUUCUUUCAUAUGUGGUCUUCUAUAGCAUGUGCAUAAGAUACCAGUGGUGCUGGUUACUUGGUUGUGGUUGUGAGAAAGUGGGGAAAGUUGUUUGUAAUCUUUUUCUCAGUAUUUGGCAUAAUUGGUUGACAAUUUGUUCUCGUCAA